GUCGUCGUCGUCGUCUGUGAAGCAGGACACGAGGGACGCUGAUAACAGCCCUUACAAACCCAACAAUAAGAGGAGGAGGAGCUGUGGCGGCCUCGUGUGUUUAGUUACAUUCAUCAGCAUGGCCACGUCUGCCCAUGCACUGAGUGCACGACUACAUGGGUCAGAACCACUGCAGGAACGCCUUGUCCUUGCUGAGCGAGCAUUCCUGGCCCCACUUAAUGUUCCAGUCAUACACAAGGAAGAUGUUGUUGUUAUAUGGUUAUCCCAGCUGCUCACUAAUAAGUCAUUGGCACUCGACUUGGAAGAUCUAGAGGCAGUUUGGAGGACAAUGAGCACUAUUCUCAAUUCCCGGAGGCUUAAAGCUCUCUGUAGCAACAAUUGGCUUUGUCCUAUCAGCUCAUCAUUUGCUGAGACCUUGGUGGACAUCAUUAACAGUAGUUUAGAAGACACCAUACGUGAGAAUGCUAUUAUUGCUUGUCAUGUGCUUUUGUCAAAUCCAGUCUUGGCUCCUCUCAUCACUCGCUCAGCUGAACACUGCAUAUUUCUCACUAAGGGACUCAUACAAUGGCUGGUUGAGGGUCAUCAAAGUGACUUUGAUGUAACUCUGACAUUGAUGGCAACAUUGGAAGCUGGCGCCCACCUUCGAAUUCAGCCGGACGUAUCAAGUGCAUGUCUUUCUGUUAUAGAUCAUUUCCUUUUGCCUCAUGCAAGACUGAAUGUUGUUUUGAAGAACAACAAGAGAGAAAUUGUGCAAAAGUUGUUGAAAGAAAUUAACUCAGUAGUAACAGAAAAUUUGUUUAAGAGUAAACUUGUGAAUCUGUUUACCCAGUCUCUAGAUGUUUUGCUUUCUGAAGAGACGAAGGAAUCAUUAUCUACAGUUGUGGAAACCUUGCUGAUGUUUGUUGUUUCAGCUGUUGAAAAUGAAUCUCUAGAAAUUAGCCAGUUCUUAUUAAAUAAAUUCUUUUCAGGGUUUUCAGCUCAAUUCAAAAGUAAAGUACUUCCCUAUCAGAUGCUAAUUGUGCUUUGUCAUAUGUUAAAUGUCUCUUUGUCAAGAUCUGAGAUCCCUUCAUUAGAAAAAAAUAGCCUUGCUGUUCAGAAGCUAAAAUCAACAAAUAUUGACAAUGAAAAACAAGAGGCUCUCUUGUUUUGUAUUUUAAAUGCAGCAGAAUCCUCUUCCAUGGAUGUGACAGCCAGUGUGAGAGGUGUGAGCUUAAAACAAUGGCUGGAAAAUUUAGGUGAAACAUUGUUGAAAACAGCGCCUUUGACUCCUGAAGGAUACCACUGUCUUCGCACACUUCUAGUGAUGAUUCCACAAGCUAUGAGUGGUCUUAUUUUGAAGAAUUUGUGGAAUGUUUGCUUCAAGAAGGUUCCUGUUAUGACACAGUCCAUGACUGCUCUGUACUCUGCAUAUGAUGAUCUCUUGUGUGAUGUUUUGGGUGUGUGUGUCAGGAUGAGGCAUAUACCCAAAACAUUUAGCAGAAUUUUGUUUGGUUUCAAAAAAGAUAUUGCCUUCUUGGAAAACCAGCAGAUAAUACCAGACACUCUUCUUGUGUAUGAAGGACAGCUUCUGCUACCUCCUAGAUUUAUGGUGUCAAUAAUGAAAGCUAUAGGUACUCUGGGUCACUAUCAGGUCUUACUUCUAUGGAAAACAACUAUGUAUUUUGCUACUAAAGAAAGUACUGCACUUGUUGAAGGCCAAGCUAAUGCAGGCACCUUAAAAUUUCUGAGCAUUGUGAUAUGGCUGUUGUCAUGUGUCAUGAAGGCUAGCCCCAUUGUGCAAGUUAUGUCUGUGGCGGGAGUUGCACAGAGUUUUGCAUCCAUCAUGGAAAAGAUAGCACUUCAUGUGAUCAAGCCAUUUAUUACUGCUAUGCUUACUCAACCACAUAAUAAUAAUAUUUGUGGAAGUAUUCUUGAUCUUUGCCACACCUGGGGUGAAAUUCACACCUACUUCCUCACAUCUGAUACAGGUCCUCAUUCCAGGCACCUGGUAAAUGGAAUACGAGAAGGCACAAUAGCUUGGAAUGAGUAUGUUAAUAGCCAGCACUUUCAUGAGGCCAGCAGGCUCCAUCCACAUAUCUUCCUCAGCAUUUGUUCCACUCUGGUUACAAUGUCAGGCGCAUGUAAACGAAAGAUUUCUGAAUUUGAAGACACGCUAACCACAAAAAAGAAUUAUUGCAAAAAACUCUUAAAGAAGAUGGAAAAAAUUGGCCCACUCCUUUGUGAAUUUGGUGGAGAGAGGGAUGAGGAAAAUGCAUUGUGGGAUGCUUUGAGAGAAUGUGGCAAUAUGGUAAUGAAACUUAUUGAAAAUGCUGGUGCAAGAAAGAAAAAUAAGGGAAAUUCCUUGGAUUUAAGUAUAAUGGUGAAAUUGAUUGGAAACUUUCCACUAUCAUUUCUUCAUAAGGAGCUCCAGACUGCACUUUUGUUAGUACUGUUUGCCUUAUUGGUCCAGGAAGAUCUUGAGGGUACAGAAGAAAAUGUAUCAUCACUUUUGCAUAUCAUAAAUCAGACUUUAUGCUCACACUGCCAGUUUAGAUUAUUCAGAGUUACAGAUGCAAGUUGCCUGUUAAAGUGGCUUAUUAAAAAAAGAUUUGAUUUUCCAUUAUCCCUUGUUACCCAGCAUAUGGCAAAUCUUACUCAGACAUUGAUGACAGAAAAGGCUAGUGUCUUACCAACUAUCUUGCCAGAUACUAAAAUUAAUUCCAAAUUAACAGCUCAGGCAUUGGUAGGCCAGAGCUUUGAUCAGGUUUUGAAUACUCUCAUGUACAAGUUGACAGCUGCUGCAAGCAAUGCACAACAGAUAAAAGAUAUAUCAGUAUAUAUAACAUCACCAGAGACUGCCAAAGAUGCAGAGCUCUUCUUACAACCAGCAGUCUUUCUUAUGGAUGCUUGCCGGAAGAAUAUCCAGCAUUGUAAAGAAACACUGCAUUACUUAUCCUCCUGGAUUCUCAAGUAUUUGAAAAAGAUGGAUCUCACCACCACUGCUCCUCCCACGGCUGCAGCUAUUCUUGCUGCUCACAGCAUCAUUGUCCUAACUGAAAUAUCUCAUUAUGCCAUAAAGAAAAAGUUGAAUUCCCAAAUUUUAGAAAAUGAUGUUAUGAAUGUUAGAUCCAUUACAGACAUCAGUGAAGAUCCCGAGAAUGCACAAAAAAAUUGUGAUCUUGAAGAGCAAACAAUAAAAACCCCUCUGUGGCAAAAGUUGUUAGGUCAUAGCUGCCACUUAGCCAAACUCUGUUUAUCUAGUGGUCACUGUGAGUUGCAGGAGUGUACUCUUCACUACCUUAUUAUUGUAUUGCAACAUUAUAGUAUUUUGCAAUCUCGUCUUCCCCCUGAUAUUUUUAUUACUACAUGGACAGCCUUGUCUCGGACUGAUCACAUACCAAGGAUCAUCAGUGCGCUUCCUCAUAGUAAAUGCAUUAUAAAACCUCUUUUAUCAGGUGUUUCUCCAGAUGACUACGAGAAGUUACUUCAUGACCUACUGAAAAGCACACAGUCAGACACUACUAAUUUGGUUUGUAUGCUCAAGCUUUGGCAAGUGAUCAUUUUCAGCAAAGUAUUUGGAGUAAAUGGAGCUGUGAAGCGAGUGGCUCUACAACACCUUAUGCCCAUCCUUGUAAAUCUAGUGACAGUUCACAAUGCAUCUGAUAAGUGUACAAACCCAUACCUCAUCCCAUUACUGGAAACCCUGAGGGAACUAAUCAGCUUUGCACUUAAAUUUGAGGCACAAACCAUAGCCCUUGUUCUCACACCCUGUACUACAGUACAUCUUCAAACAAUGCCACUUGACCAGUUCAGUCAAGCUUUUACUGCUGUUGUUGAUAUUGUCAACUGCAUUGUGCUACUCUAUCCCGGUGUAGUAGCAGAGUGUGUCCCUUCAGUUUUGGCAUCCAUUACACACCUUGCAACAUCUCUGAUCACUCAGGCCAAUCAAGAAUACAAACUAGACGAUGACCAAAUAAAAAUUAUGGCAGACUGUGGCAGUAACCUGGAACGAAUUGUGAGUCAACUGAAUUCGUUCAGAGUUAGGCUAAAUAAGGUGGCACACUUCACUGUGGCUGCUAUUAUUUCAUCUCUCCAGCUUACAACAGUUUAUCCAGCUGUCAAGGUAGGUUACCUGUUUACUUUGUAGUUUGGUUACCUAUUA